UUUGAUCACCAAUCACAACAGAAACCGCGAGAAAAUUCCCCAUAAAUCUCAACAGAAGAGAAGAAAACCGAAGCAGUUCACAAUCAAAUCUCUUUGCAACACAUCGCCACAGAAUUCAGCUCUGUACCACUUUGGAUUUGGAUCAGUUUUCGUGAGAGAAGAUUAGAGAAGGAAGAAGCAGCAUACAAGAACAUGGUGGCUGAAGCAGAGGUUGUGUGUCAACAGAACAUGGCUGUGCUGGAUUUGAAGCAUUUUCCGAAUAAGGGAAGCGAUGUUCACGAGAACGGAGAUGCAGAUGCUAAUUCGCCUCCGAGUUUUGACCGAGUUCGUGCUUCUGAGUCGGUCUCUGCCGAGUUACUCACUUCACAACAAGACGUUAGGUCUGCAGACAGGACCUCAGAUGAUACUCUUGAAUCUGCGGUCCUGCAGUUUAUUCCUUGCAUCCGUUCUGGUAGUUUUGCAGACAUUGGGCCAAGGAGAUACAUGGAAGAUGAACAUAUAAGGAUUGAUGAUUUGUCCUCUCAUCUAGGAUCACUAUACAACUUUCCCAAACCAAGUGCCUUUUAUGGGGUGUUCGAUGGUCAUGGAGGACCUGAAGCUGCAGCUUAUAUAAGAAAAAACGUGAUGAAAUUCUUCUUUGAAGAUGUCAGUUUCCCACAGACAUCUGAAGUCAAUAAUGUAUUUUUGGAAGAGCUAGAGGAUUCUCUCAGAAAGACUUUUCUUUUGGCUGACUCAGCUUUGGCCGAUGAUUGUAGUGUGAAUAGUUCAUCAGGCACCACGGCCCUUACUGCUUUAAUAUUUGGAAGGCUUCUAAUGGUUGCCAAUGCUGGUGAUUGCCGAGCGGUUCUUUGUCGCAAAGGAGAGGCCAUUGACAUGUCUCAAGAUCACAGGCCUAUUUAUCCAGCAGAGCGGAGGCGAGUUGAAGAAUUGGGUGGCUACAUAGAUGAUGGUUAUCUCAAUGGGGUUUUAUCAGUUACUCGAGCAUUGGGGGACUGGGACAUGAAGUUACCAAAGGGUGCUCCCUCACCUUUGAUUGCAGAGCCUGAGUUCCGGCAAGUGGUUCUAACAGAGGAUGAUGAAUUCCUCAUCAUAGGAUGCGAUGGCAUCUGGGAUGUGAUGUCAAGUCAGCAUGCUGUUAGCCUUGUUCGCAGAGGCCUGAAGUGGCACAAUGACCCUGAGAAAUGCGCCAGGGACCUGGUUAUGGAGGCAUUACGCUUGAACACAUUUGACAAUCUCACAGUGAUCAUUGUAUGUUUCUCUUCCCUUGACAUGGAGCCAGAGCCAUCUCCACCUUGCCAACGGAAAUUGAGAUGCUGUAGCCUCUCUGCAGAGGCUCUAUGUAGCCUGAGGAGCUUGUUGGAAGGCAGUGCUAGCAACUGAAUGUAUAUAUACGAUUCAUCAAAUAAAGUGUUGUUGAGAUUAUAAAUGCUGUUUUAGGCUGCUUCAGUUUAGACAUUGGAAACAGCAGCCUUCAUUUUUUUACGUGGUCGGUUGAUGUAUAUAGCCCGGGCUAGAGGAUGGUGGUGUAAAUAUCUACUGUCGUUACAUUAUUUUGUACAAUAAUCAAUUUUUGUUAUGACUGCCACAUUCAUGUCA